AUGGGGCUCCCCUGGAGCCAGCUUCACCCACAGCUGUGGCUGCUGCUCCUUGUGGUGCUGAGCUGGCUGUGGCCCAGCCUGAGCCUGGAGCUGAUCCCCUACACGCCGCAGAUAACAGCCUGGGACCUGGAAGGAAAGGUCACGGCCACUACGUUCUCCCUGGAGCAGCCGCGCUGUGUCCUGGAUGGGCGUGCCGGCGCCACUGACACCAUCUGGCUUGUGGUGGCCCUCAGCAAUGCCUCCAGGGGUUUCCAGAACCCACAGACACUGGCUGAGAUCCCAGCCUUCCCACAGCUGCUAACCGAUGGCCACUAUAUGACGCUGCCCCUGUCCCUGAACCAGCUGCCCUGUGAGGAACCCGUGGGCGGCAGCGGAGGCGCCCCCGUGCUGCGGGUGGGCAAUGACUUCGGCUGCCAUCAGCAGCCCUACUGCAAUGCCCCCCUCCCCGGCCCCGGACCUUACAGUGUGAAGUUCCUCCUGAUGGAUGCGAGUGGCUCACCUAAGGCUGAGACCAAGUGGUCGGACCCCAUCACUCUCUGCCAAGGGAAGGCUCCAGGCUCCAUCGACACAUGGCCAGGGCGGCGAAGUGGUGGCAUGGUCGUCAUCACCUCCAUCCUCUCUUCUCUGGCCGGCCUCCUGCUCCUGGCCUUCCUGGCAGCCUCCACCAUGCACUUCUCCGGCCUUUGGUGGCCAGAGGAGGCCCCUGAACAGCAGCGGAUUGGAUCCUUCAAGGGGAAGCGCUACAUGACCCACCACAUCCCACCCAGUGAGGCCGCCACACUGCCUGUGGGCUGCGAGCCUGGCCUGGACCCCCUCCCCAGCCUCAGCCCCUAG